CAAAAAAAACUCACCAAAACCAGGAUAUGUUUGUUUACAUCCAGAGUUCCUCUAUCCCCUACUACUUUACUCUCUCUGAUUUUUAGUUUCCCAGGUCUCUAACAAAUUCUUUCUUAUGAGACGAUUCAACUUCAAGCAUGAACAAGACAUAUCUAAAACUCUUCUGCUGCGGUUCUAGUCAACAGAAGCGGUUUAUGUUCUCCAACAACGUUAAAGUUGCAUGCUUAUUAGCCUCCUUUUGCGCUUUCGCUGUUUGGACUUACAUAUUUGCAGAUAUUUCAAUUCCAUUCCUCCACAAAGACAGACUCCAAAACCAGGAAGAUUUUCUUCUCAGAUGCAUAAAAGGAAAAUCUUUCAAACAAACAUGUCCUACAAACUACCCUACAAAACACAACCCAAUAAAUCAAAACAGACAUGUUUGUCCCUCGUACUUUAGAUGGAUCCAUGAAGAUCUAAAGCCAUGGAGAGAACAAGGGAUCACAAGAGAGAUGCUGGAAAGGGCAAAAAAGACAGCACAUUUCAAGCUUGUGAUUGUGGAAGGGAAAGUGUAUGUGGAGAAGUAUAGGAAAGCUAUUCAGACAAGAGAUGUUUUUACAUUGUGGGGUAUUUUGCAAAUGUUGAGGUUGUUUCCUGGGAAAUUACCCGAUUUGGAACUUAUGUUUGAUUGCGAAGAUAAACCUGUUGUUCCUUUGGAUAAGUUUCAAGGCCCAAAUGCUUCACCGCCUCCGUUGUUUCGAUAUUGUUCAGAUCAAUGGAGCUUGGAUAUUGUCUUCCCAGAUUGGUCUUUUUGGGGAUGGGCAGAGACAAAUAUAAAACCAUGGAAAGAUACCCUAAAAGAUAUAAAAGAAGGGAACAAAAAGACUAAGUGGAAGGAUAGAGUACCUUAUGCUUAUUGGAAAGGGAAUCCUUAUGUUGCUCAAACUAGACAAAAUCUUCUACAAUGCAAUGUUACAUUAGAGAAGGAUUGGAACACUCUCAUAUACAUACAGGAUUGGAUUCAAGAAUCAAAUCAAGGUUUCGAGAAAUCUAGCUUAGGAGAUCAAUGCACUCAUAGAUACAAGAUAUACAUAGAAGGAUGGGCUUGGUCAGUUAGUGAGAAGUAUAUUAUGGCAUGCGAUUCGAUGACAUUAUACGUAAGAUCCAAUUACCAUGAUUUUUUCAUGAGAGACAUGGUGCCAUUACAACACUAUUGGCCUAUUAGAGACAAUAGUAAAUGUUCAUCUCUUAAGUUUGCUGUGGAAUGGGGCAACAAUCACACUCAGAAGGCACAGGCCAUUGGAGAGGCGGGUAGCAAAUUCAUACAAGAGGACUUAGACAUGAAAAAUGUAUAUGAUUACAUGUUUCAUUUGCUAAAUGAAUAUGCAAAGCUUUUGAGAUUCAAGCCAAAAGUACCACGAGGAGCUGUCGAGUUUUGUGCUGAAAAAUUAAUGGCAUGUGAUGUAAAUGGUAACAAAAGGAGGUUUAUGGAAGAGUCACUGGAGAAGGUUCCUAGUGAUUCAAAUCCAUGCAUUCUUCCUCCUCCUUAUGAUCCUUUAACUUUACAAGAAUUGUUAGAGAGAAAAGCAAAUUCAACAAAACAAGUAGAAAGUUGGGAAGAGAAGUAUUGGCAUAGUAAAAACAAUGGACAAUAGUAUUGGCAUAUUUUUAUUUUCCUUUCCUUUAUUGACAGACUAUUUGCUUGGUUGUUAAUAUUUUUUAGUAGAAAUUCACAUGCUUGUUCUUCUAACUCCUUAUUGAUCCUCAAGCGUGGAUUAAUGUUUAUACAAUUGGUUCCGAUUUGGAAUUAGAAUCGUUGGUCUAGAUCCUUAAUGUGGUGGUCUGAGUUGCUCCAGUGUUGUCGCAUGGUGUGGACUUGCAAUGUUAAUACUUCAACGUCCAAAUUAGUUUUGAAUAAAGAGGAUGGAGUGAGUAAUGGAUUAAAGUCAUACCUUUUAUUGCUCAGGUGGUGGUAUUGGUAUAUUGGGCGAAGUUGGGCCUUUCUUGUAUUAGGCUUGAGGCCGAUCCAAAACAGUUGCCCUCAAGGCUUGCUAUAAUGUUGUGCUUGGGAAGUAUUCUAAGGGUCGGGUAUGUCUGGUCGUGAUCCUGUGUUGAGAAGUGGAAAGGGCCUAGAGACAACUUCAUUAAAUGCUCAUCUCAGACAUUUUGGAAGUUUCUUUGCACGUGACCCUAGAUUUAUAGGUUAGGGCAUGUCGCUUCUACCUAGGGCGUUCGAGUGUACUCAAAUGUCAUUAAAUUUCCGAGACCGUUAAUUUUUCACCUUCCAUUUA